AUCGCACGUGAGUAAUCUCGGUGUGGAAUUCUGAUCAGGUAUUUUUCGGUCAUCUCUUCGUUGUCGUCGGCUGUCGAGAGAACGAUCGAGACGCAUGGAAGAAAGAGGUGUGAUUACCAAUGCUGUACUAAGGCAUCAAACUUCCUAACAUUUGUGGCCUAAGUAUUUGAAAGAGUCCGACCAGAAUCGAAGAAGAUGAACAAUCAGGCAUUCAGCUUAGCGGAAAGACUUAUCCCUUCGACCUACGUGCAACAAGGUUUAAACGCAAAGAAAGCACGUGAGAAUCUUAUAAGACACUUUAUCGAGCACCAAAAAUGGCCAGAGGACGGCUGGGACGAUGCUACGAUAGAAGCUUUCCUCUCAGACCUCUCACAAAUGGACAGCAACAAUUUUCCUGCAAAUUGUAGCGUCGGGGAGCGCGAGGCAAGAAUCGCGUCGAACAUUGUUGCGAGGCGACACUAUCGGAUGGGUCAUGGCAUAGGCAGGUCGAGUGAUUUGGAGGAAGUGCAACCAAAAGCUGCGGGUAGCAGCUUGAUGUAUAAACUAACGAACGCACUAGUACUCGAAGUUAUCCGAUACAUGGGUGUAAAGAGUAUAGCGGGCUGUUUUUUAUCACCGAUGGCUACAGGCAUGAGCCUGGUCUUGUGUAUGUUAACGUUCAAACAGGACAGGCCGCGAGCGAGGUACGUCCUGUGGCCUAGAAUCGAUCAGAAAUCAAGCUUCAAGUCGAUAAUCACGGCUGGAUUAGAGCCGAUCGUUAUCGAGACCAAGAUAGUCGGCGACGAGUUGAAGACGGACAUGCAGAGACUUGAGUCUCAAAUGGCAGCUUUAGGUGAAAGCGUUGCCUGUGUGCUCACGACCACUAGCUGCUUCGCGCCCAGAGCGUACGAUUCCAUCGACUCUAUCGCGGCGCUUUGUACCCAGUAUAACAUUCCUCACUUAGUAAAUAAUUCAUACGGGUUGCAGAGCACAAGGUGCAUGCAUUUAAUUCAACAAGCAUCGCGAAAAGGUCGCGUCGACGCUUUCGUUCAGAGCACGGAUAAGAACCUUUUAGUGCCGGUCGGCGGCGCAAUCGUUGGAUCGUUCGACAAAAGCCUUCUAGAUCGCAUAUCAAAAAAUUAUCCGGGCCGCGCGAGCGCUAGCUCUAUCAUGGACGUAAUGAUAACGUUGCUGAGCCUAGGCAUGGCCGGUUACAAGCAAUUGAUAACGCAACGAAAGGAGAUGUAUUCGUAUUUGAAGGAGGAACUUGGAAAAUUGGCGGCGAGACACGACGAGAGAUUGCUGGACACCAAAGGGAAUCCGAUAUCGAUGGGAAUGACUCUACAGUGUUUGAGCCAUCAGCACGAUAACAAGCAAGUGACGAUGCUCGGCUCGAUGCUGUUCCUUCGCAACGUCAGCGGUACGAGAGUGAUAACGACGACGGAGUCUAAGCAUAUUGUUAAUCACAAGUUCGAAGGUUGGGGAGCACACAAUAGCAAUUAUCCAGUGCCAUACUUGACCGCUGCGGCAACUCUGGGCAUGAAGAGAUCGGACGUCGAGCUGUUUAUACAACGACUAGACAAAGCUCUGACCGAAGUGAAGAGACGUUCGGCCCCGGUCACACCGACAGCGUCUCUCGCCGGAUCCAGUAUCAAUGGAGACGCGGGAGGUGCCGGUGGUCCCGGGGAGUCUAGCACAGCUUCGACCAGCCGGGCGAGCAGUAAAGACAGUUUGAGAAAAUGAACCGUAAUCAACGCAACUGGCCAGUCGAAUCAGUACAUUAAUCUGUAAGUAUAAAUCCGCUACUUACAGCCGAUAGUCGUGUUGCUGCAUACCUCGUAGGAAUGUUUUCAUUUUCGACGAAACAAGAAAAAUUUUUCUUCUUCAAAAUUCAUUACUGUCUCUCUCUCUCUCUCUCUCUCUCUCUCUCUCUCUCUCUCUCUCCUGUGUCCGAGCCGACAUCACACAUUUGACUACGAACAUUUUUGUCGACUAAUUAACAACACGACGACAUAAACUGGUAACGGAUUCGCAUUCCAACGAGGUAUACGCGCGCGCGCGUAAAAAUGCGCUGAUUCGUCUGUCCACUUGCGUUGGACCACCGUCAAUUGAAACGAAAGAAAACGAGAGAUACUAAUAACGGGACGUGUCUAAGCUAACGGCGAGGAAAAAACUGUUGAGUAUAUUAUAUAAAUUUGUUUGAAAAUAUUCAUCAUCGAUGAGCGCUGGCCGCGAUAUUAUUUGUUGUACGAUUUUCUUAUGUUACGAUAUACGUAUACGCGCAGAGUUAUAUUUCGUCCGAUUCUCCAUUAGAAGUUUAGACGACGAUAGUGUACAAGUUAGUUGAACAUCCCUUAAACGUAGCUUUGCAACAACGAUCUCUUUGUUUCAUAGAAAGGGUAUAAUUAUGAAGAAUUCCGUGUUUCAAAAACGUUGAGCCGAGAAUUAAAAAGACACAUUUGUUUGCGUUAGCAACGUUAUUACGAAACGUUUACUUUCACCUAGAGGUAAUGUAAUUCUGUAGUUGUCGCGUUACUUGUAAAGAGAGGUUCAUAGUAAUUCGACAGUUACCGUUUCUUUCUCUCAUCACUCUCGUUCGUAGGCUGCUGCUGCUGCUGCUGCUGCUGCUACUACUACUACUACUUAACAAAAAUCCAAUUAAACACGUAAAUGCGUACAUACGUUCUUUUUUUAUGAACGCUUUGUCGUUUGCGGAGAUCUCGUGUAAAAAACGACGCAGUAUUAUCUUUUAUUAAACUUUUACUUUUUAAAGAAACGAUCGAAAGGAACUACGUAACGAACGGCAUAUUAUUAUAUAUUGCUAAACACAAUCAUUUUCUAAUUGCGUGUACGAAUCGUUGCGUGCGCGGUGCGCGCGACUCGUACGUGCAGAGAGAUACACUUUCCGGAUUCACCUGUAUUGUUUUAAUUUACAACUACGUUCAACAUACGAUGCACGUUAUUUUGCGCAUAGCAAUGUAAGUCAAUUAACAUUCGGUACAAUAUUUAAUGAAAUCAAUAAAAGUUGGCCGGAACCGAACGAUAUAUAGAUACCAAGUAUAUAAAUAAUUCGCAUAAUUAUACUUUGCGCGCACCAAUUGUUGUUUAAUUCGAAUAAUUCUCGAUCAUCGUGUGUUCUGUUUGCGGUGAAACAACACACAGCGUAUAUACGCGUAUGUACAUUGCAAAAUUGUAUCGUUUAGAUGCCUUUACAUAAACUUUAGUGAUGUAAUAUAUAUUUGUUGAUAACGUGUAUGUAUUUAAUAACGUUAGAACGCUCACGCAGAAGGAAGCAAUACAAUGUACAAAAAUUAACGAAUCGUUGUUAUAUUUGUUAAACGAAAGAAUCAAAUAAUAAAAAACUUACGGCGCGUUAUAUGUAUACACAUGGUAUUCGGUUGAUGAUUGAUUUUUGUAACGUUUGGAUAAUUUCUCGAAACGUGUAUAAUUUCUGAAUCAAUGAAACGUUACGGAAUCGUUGUUCAGGUUGACACUCGCUAUCGCGUAGAACUGUAUUUUAUCAUCAUGACAUUAUUUGUAAAAGAAAGACGUGUAGACGAUCGAGGAGAUUGUCAUUGUAGAAUACAUAUGGUACACGGUAUUAUGCUAGCGAAAAUCCAAUGUACAUACAUAUAUGAAUGUUUUUUCAUUUCUGUAUCAUAAUUCACUUUUACACAUUGUACGUUCGUUUAUAAUUAUACAUAUAUAUAUAUAUAUAUAUGAUUGACAAUUUCGUAUAAAGGCCAGCUUAGAAGAGAUCAUACGAGUACGCAUGCCUUUUACAUGAAACAACGAUCUGCGCGAUCCCGACACUUUUUCCAAUUCUUUUCGUACCUUUUCAAAUGUUACCAUAUUGUCAUUACAUGUAAUGUACACUUCUGAUAAUCGAACGAAUUAAUUUAAUCAAAGUGUCGUUGUAAAGAGAACACAAGAUAUAAAAUUGAUCAAGCUCAUCACCUCGUUACAUUCCCAAGUUUAUCGCAGUUGAUGUGCACUAUUGGCUGUGAACAUGUUUUAACAAAUAAUGUGUUGAACCAAGGGAAAAACGAUUGUCCACUGUUUCACACCGAGUUAUUUUUUUACAAGAGAAACGUUUCGUUGUAUUCACAGAAUCUCGACGUUCGAGGGAGACGCGUUGCUGCUGAUAUGCUGUACAUACGCAAUUGUUUUAACAUUUUUAAAGACAAAUGUAUGUAAUAAGAUACUCGAGGCACUAGCGUAUAAGCAGAGUAAAUUUAAACAAUGCUCGUUCCAACGUAUGUGCACUGUACAUGUACGAACAAAAUGAUCCCAAAACACACUCUCUCCGAUCACGAUAAAACGCAUUCUACGUAUUUGUUUAUUAUUUGUGACGACCAGAAGUAUUUGAAAUUCAAAUGGAAAUUACAGACAAGAUGUUUUAGAUGUUGAAUACGAAAAUCAGACAAGAUCGAACAUUUCCAUUUGAAAAUUCGAAUAACGUACGUAGUAUACAUUGUAUACUUGUUGUACGGUAGUGUUCACUACUAAUGGAAGGCAUGUAACACACGAUAAUGAAUAUAAAUAAAAUAUACAUACAAUAAGCUCUUCCCCAUCAGCAAUUAUCGUGUGAUGGCGAUAUAGUCAAUGUUUUAUUUGUAACAUGUGCAACUAUUGAAUAAAUAACAAUAAAAAUA